AUGGCAACCCCGAAUAUCAUCUGCGCAAACUGGGAUCUGGAUAGCACUGAUUGCAAGAAAGUCGGCGGGUAUAGUUGCAAGAACUGUUAUCUCGUGGUGUAUUGCGGCCCGAACUGCCAAAAGUCCCACUGGGCCCUUCACAAGAUAGAUUGCAAGUCGCCUUUGGGAAAGGGAACCUGGAAUCCCGACUGGUCUCUGGAGAACCGAAAACCAGCCUUUGUCAGAGAGGGGUUGGGGGAGAAAUUCGGAGGGAAGAAAUACUUUUGGGGCAAUAUCCCGGCCCUUGAUAUUCUUCAACUUGGCUCCAACGAAGGUGAUGAUUAUGGAGGGCAAUUGCAUCUCUUGUUUGCCGCUUCUGGUGACCUUCGAAAUGUUGCAAAGACCAUCGCCCAGAUCCCUAGUAGCUACAACCAGUCUGUCGACGUUACAAUGAACGACCGUGAUCUUGAUGUCGUGGCACGCAACGCUAUUAUGCUUCUAAUUGCCCUCGUGGUCGACAACAUCGACGAGGCGAUUGACUGUAUGAUCCAUGUGUGGUACUCGGCUCUCAUUCGCAGAUCCGAUCUCAAUAUCCUUCAACAACAGAUUCGUCCUCUCAUCGAAAGCGUUUGUGAAAAGAUCAAAAACAAAGCACCCGGUGGCCUCUUAGGAAAGACGUGGACAUUCGGACAGCGCUCCCUAAGGCUUGUGCUGGAAAAGUCAUCAUGGGAUAGGCUUUUGUUCUCUAUGACCAUUCCAGAGGGCUUAACGGCGGAACGAGCGAACCAAAUACGUACAGCCGUUACCCUUGCUAAAUGCAGAAAAGACUAUCGUGAUCGACAUCUACUUUUUCAAACCCCUUCCCAUCGAAUUGCGAUGAAUCGGUUCUCUGAAGACGGACUCCUGCUCCCGUUUGGAUCUCGACGCUAUGACUUUCGAGAACCAAACCCGACCUUCUUCCAGAGUACCGACACCUGGCCGAUGUAUGAUAAUGCCGAUCCUCUUCACGGGUGGUCUUCGAAGGAAGUUGAAGACAGUUCGAGUGGGCCUGCAUCUGCUGACAUAUACGGCAAGCUCUUCUACUACGUUCGCGCAGUGCUUCGGGCUUUCUUUCUUCGUCUCUCGGGCUUGCAGGUAUCUUUUCGACUUUUUCAGGUGGAUGCUUCUGACCUUCCCGAUCAUCUUCAGGACAGUUCUUUCAGCCGAAUCGAGGUCUCCAAUGUUGCGGACGGCGGAUAUCUUGGGUUGCCUCGCACGAUUGGCUUGAUGGUGCCUUUGCUUCAGGGACCUCUUAUCAACCCACAUGCAACUCUUAUUACUCUGUUGAUGAACGCCGUUGACGAGAAUACAACCAACCAAGACAAAAUUGCUAACUCAACUCUGCAUAGCUUGACAAAACGUCUUCUCAAGUACCUCCCGCGCAAGGGAAUGCCAACUAGUUCUUUUGAUCCUGAAGUCAUCAAGUUUUCAAUCGCUCGGGAGAUUGUGGCAACUUAUGACCACAUUUUCGAGCGGCUAUUACAAAAAUUCCCGUCCUCCGAGGCAGCGCAUUUAUUCGGGGCCGCAAUGAAAGAAAAGCACACUGUUAUCGAGAAGUGGCCGUUCAGAUUGAAGCUCCGACCUGGUCAGCCUGGCGCCCAGGAGGAGUUUGACCGGCUGCUGAGUGGAGGGGUGUCAGGAAAGGAGCGCUACGUGGAGUGGAAGAGAAUCUGCACGUAG